AUGCGUGGUUCAGCUUCAAUGGAAGACGAUAUUGUAUCUCUGGAGAUUUCCAUGGAUACUGCCACCACAUCAGCUGGUGGCUCAGCAGUCUCUUUAGCUGAACGAAGAAAUAAAGCAGCUUCUCUAAAAAGCAAUGCCACAGCAUACACAAUAAACUCGGCUAAGAAAGGAUGGGGAUGUUGCUCUUCAUUGUUUCGUCGACGACGAGUUCUACAUUCAAGAACGGUUCGCGUUGGUUAUGGUCCCCUAGCCACUGGAGCGGCCUCAUUCUCACCGAACACCGUCUGCAAUCAAAAAUACAACAUCUUUAGCUUCAUUCCAUUGGUGCUCUUCCAACAAUUCAAGUUCUUCCUCAAUCUGUAUUUCCUACUUAUGGCUUGCACACAAUUCAUUCCAGCUAUACAAAUUGGAUCUCCGAUUACUUAUUGGGGACCAUUGGGAUUUGUGCUGACAAUCACUUUGAUCCGUGAGGCUUUGGACGAUUUUGUACGUUUUCUACGUGAUAAAGAGAUGAACAGUGAAAAAUACGAACGUUUGACACGGGACGGACUUCGACGAGAAAUUAAAAGCUGCGACAUUCAAGUCGGAGAUGUUAUUGUCAUUCAAAAGGAUCGUCGUAUUCCAGCUGAUGUCAUACUUCUGAGAACGACGGAAAAAUCUGGAGCCUGUUUUAUUCGAACGGAUCAACUUGAUGGAGAAACGGAUUGGAAAUUAAGAGUGGCUGUACCGGCAACCCAGCACGUACACAAUGAAGCGGAAAUUAUGGAACUCAACUGUGAAGUCUAUGCGGAAAAGCCUCAAAAGGACAUCCACGCAUUCGUUGGCACAUAUAAGAUUACGAACGAAAACGGUGUGAUGGAUGGAUCGUUGAAUGUGGAGAAUGUUCUCUGGGCGAAUACUGUUUUGGCAUCGGGAACGGCUGUUGGAGUUGUGGUUUACACGGGACGUGAAACUCGCAGUGUAAUGAAUACAACAUUGCCCGAAUCAAAAGUUGGACUACUUGACCUUGAGGUGAACAAUUUAACGAAGAUUCUCUUCUUAUUUGUCUUGUUGCUCUCAUCGGUGAUGGUGAUCAUGAAAGGACUUGAUACUUACUGGUACCGAUAUCUGAUGCGGUUCAUCUUACUCUUUUCCUACAUUAUUCCAAUUUCACUGAGAGUCAAUUUGGACAUGGCCAAGCUCUUUUAUUCGUGGCAAAUCGGUCGUGAUAAACACAUUGCUGAAACUGUUGUGCGUUCUUCCACCAUACCCGAAGAGCUUGGAAGAGUGAGCUAUCUCCUGAGUGAUAAAACAGGAACAUUGACAAAGAAUGAAAUGCAUUUUAAAAAGAUUCAUCUGGGAUCAGUGUCUUUUUCCUCUGAUGCAUUUGAUGAAGUAACAAAGCACGUGGUUAGCGGCUAUGCUGGCGGCCUUGGAAGACACUCAUUUAGCGCUAAACUUCAGACAGCCGUUGAAGCAAUCGCUCUUUGUCACAACGUUACGCCAAUCUUUGAACAUGGUGGCACAAGUUAUCAAGCAGCUAGUCCAGAUGAAGUGGCUCUGGUCAAAUGGACGGAAAAAGUUGGUGUUCGUCUCUUUACUCGGGAUCUACAUGCGAUGCGUUUGCAACUACAAGACGGGGCUGAGCGCCUUUUUCACAUUCUACAUCUUUUUCCGUUUACUUCUGAAACCAAGCGGAUGGGAAUCAUUGUGAAAGACGACAUCACUGAUGAAAUCACGCUCUACAUGAAAGGAGCAGAUACAGUUAUGGCAGCAAUGGUUCAAUACAAUGAUUGGUUGGAAGAGGAAUGCAGUAAUAUGGCAAGAGAAGGCCUUCGGACUUUGGUUGUCGCUAAGAAGGUUCUUUCAUUAACAGAAUACGAAGCAUUUGACAAGGCUUACCAUCAGGCUAAAAUGACCGUUGCCGAUAGAACGGAGAAUAUGUGCAAUGUUGUGAAUCGGAUGCUUGAGAAAGAUCUACAAUUGCUUUGCUUAACCGGCGUUGAAGAUCGACUACAGGAUCAAGUAACUACUUCUUUGGAAUUGCUACGAAAUGCAGGAAUCAAGAUUUGGAUGUUAACUGGGGAUAAACUUGAGACUGCGAUUUGUAUUGCAAAAUCGAGUGGACUCUUCAGCAAAGCCGACACAGUUCACGUUUUUGGACAAGUUCAAAACAGAACUGAGGCUCACAAUGAACUGAAUGCUCUGAGAAGAAAAAGCGAUGUGGCGCUGGUUAUGUCUGGUGCGGCUCUCAACAUUUGUCUGCAAUAUUACGAAGCUGAGGUUGCUGAAUUGGUUUGCGCAUGUACGGCCGUUGUUUGCUGUCGAUGCUCGCCAGAGCAGAAGGCACAAAUUGUUCAGCUAUUGAAGAAAUAUCGGGCUCCUCUUCGCGUAGCUGCAAUCGGCGAUGGAGGAAAUGACGUAUCGAUGAUUCAAGCAGCUCAUGCUGGGAUAGGAAUUGAUGCAAACGAAGGAAAACAAGCAUCAUUGGCAGCUGAUUUCUCGAUCACUCAAUUCUCUCAUGUUUGCCGCCUACUCUUGGUUCAUGGACGAUUUUGCUACAAGCGGUCUUGUGCUCUAUCGCAAUUUGUUAUGCAUCGGGGCCUCAUCAUUUCAACAAUGCAAGCUGUGUUUUCGUGUGUUUUCUACUUUGCCUCCGUUUCCUUAUAUCAAGGCGUACUGAUGGUUGCUUACUCGACUGCUUACACGAUGUUGCCUGUCUUCUCUUUGGUCGUUGAUCGUGAUGUCACUGCUUCGAGUGCUCUCACUUAUCCGGAGUUGUACAAAGAGCUUGGCAAAGGGCGAUCCUUAUCCUACAAAACUUUCUGCAUCUGGGUGUUGAUUAGCAUCUAUCAAGGUGCCGUCAUCAUGUAUGGAGCUUUAUUAGUCUUCGACGCCGAUUUUAUUCACGUUGUAUCAAUCUCGUUCUCAGCGCUCAUCGUAACCGAGCUUAUCAUGGUGGCAAUGACGGUUCACACUUGGCAUUGGGCGAUGCUGUUGGCUCAAGCACUCUCAUUGGGUCUCUAUGUUGCCUCGUUGCUAAUUCUCGACUCCUACUUCGAUCGUCAAUUUGUUACUUCCGUGAUGGGCGUUCUUCUCGUCCUAUCAUGUUAUUUGAUCGAAUUUGCCCCGGCGUUGAUGUUUUUUAGAACGGUGAUAGCGCCUGACCCGUUGAGGAUUAUUCUAUUCGUAUUAGGUGCCUUCUUUUGGAUGCUUGCUCUACUUGCAUCGGGCCUCGUUUGGUUUCUUUUGUAUCCAUUGAGGGAUUAUCUUGUCUUCAGCAUUUUGACCUCUGUACUGAUCCAGGAAGCGUCUCGAGUUGCCCUGUUUACCGUACUUCGAAGAGCACAACAUGGGCUCAAUCAAAUGACAACAGUGGGUGCUGAAGCCGGUAGACAAGGACCUCCCGCAAUUUUCCAUGAUUUCAAGAAUGGUCGACAUUUGUUGGCGGUUAUUUCUGGACUUGGAAUGGGAGUACAAGCUGCGCUCUUUUUGACGAUGAACAUCUUUGCAGCUUUGUCGGGGCCAGGAACAAUUGGAUUGCCAUAUUACUUUGCUGAGAAGAACCUCUCCGAAAGCGUGAUUGACGGUGAUUCAAGUCCCUAUUUGAUGGAACCAGAUCGAUCGUUGCCCUAUUAUUACGCUUUUUCUGGAAUGACUUUAUCGCUGCUUCAUGCGGCUUGGACUAUUCUGGUGUGGGACUCUUGUCACAAAUAUGUGAGAAACAAGCCUUUUUGGUGGAAAGGAGUUGUGAUCGCCGUGUGCUCGCAUCUAUUCCUUACGUCUUUGUCGUUCAUCAAUUCCGCAGGAUUUCAAUGGCUUUACUUGUUUGUGCAAUUUUGGACGGCUUUUGCAUUGACGAUUCAAUGUCAUUUUCUGAUGGGCGGAAACUUCGGAUCGUUUUUGGCAAAUACGUUUUUUGCUCUUCGAGAUUGGGUGCUACUUAAAUGGGUGCGGCAGGAGUAUAGGCACUGUCGAGAUAAGAUGUUUGGCCAUCCAAAUAAUUCCGCUUCAGCGACAAACGAAGAGAACGAAGCAACUGAAAUCAAUGAAGCUCCGGCUGCGUCUCUUCAUUCCGAGGCCCCAGUUACAUUCUCUCAACUUGCCACCAAACAUCAAGACGAAAAUGAGCCCAGGCCAGCCCCCGCAAAUGAAGAUGAUGAAGAUGAAGGGAUCGUAUUGGUAAAAACA